AUGGAGCGAGAGGCGUCUAGUCUCAGGGACCCAGAGCUUGAGGACUAUUUGGCGCGGGUGGAGCGGCUGGACAGCGCGAGAAAUGGCAGCCGGCGCUCGCCGGAUGCACAUGAUCAGAGGCCCAAGUAUCGGCCUGAGGACUUGGAAAGAGCCCAGAGGCUGCUGGACGGUGACUACACGGGCUAUGACUCCGGAACCUCCCCCACGAAGUACUCUGGAUCGGUUCCACAGAUUGCAUACCGUUCGGCGUACAACUACGAGAGGACAUUCUCGCCGAAAAGAGGCGCCGGGUCGCCCAGGCGGAGUGAUGCGGGCUCGGCCCCUGCGCUCGGUCUUGAUAGUUCCCCGGAUGGCACUCGCCGCUACACUGUGUCAGAGCAAGAUUACCUUUUGCUGCAGAAGCUGAAACGUGAAGCGGUGGGCGACCCUCUGGUCAGCGCUCUCCCUUCGCGCGGCCGGCCUCGAGAAAAUCGGGUCGUCAGGACCGUGACGCUCGCGGACGACGGCGAUGACAAUGAUGAAAUUCCGCCUCCUUUGCCUACGAGACGGGCCGCAUCGCCAGUACUUCCUCCUCCGGAUCGCGAAGAAGAUAGCACGCCAACCAAACCCGCACGGCCGCUGGGCCUUUCAGUGCCAUCGAAAAGCGUCGCACCCGCCAAGCCUGCGCGGGUGCCAGAUCUUUCAAUGCGGUUGAAAAGCGCUGCGCCCGCGUCACCGGUUGUUGAAACGGGGACAAAGCCUUCUACCCCGCUUCAGAAAAAUACGGCAGUCUCAAUUGAUAACAGGGAUUCCUUAGUACCCAAAAAACCGCCUCCUAGGAAGCCUGCCUCCUUGACAGAGGCCUCGAAGGCCGAUGGAUUCAUAAAAAUCCUAAGCGAUCGUGCAAAGAAGCCAGUUCCGCCUAAGCCCGAGACGCUGAAAAAGUCAGCCUCUUACUUGGAGUCGCUCGAGAACAACAAACUAACUACGGCGUCCCUGGAUAAACCAAGCAAGCCUUCGAUUCAAAGCAAGCCUUCGAUUCAAAGCAAGCCAACAUCCUAUUUGGACUCCCUUCAGAAAAAUAAAGUCACGGUUUCGACACCAGUCCGAGAGCCCAAGUCUCCCUCUCCAAUUGCGAAGCCUCAGCACACACCCCAGAUGUUUAUGAAUUCUGUACUCAAAACAGAAAGUUCUCGACCGCUACAAGACUCUUCGGCACAAAGUCCGAAACCCUUUGUUAUCCCGCCAAAGCGUAAAUCUCCUCAAAAAGAACCAGUACCAGAAAGCGAUGAAAAAGCUGAAGUAAGCUUCCUUUCAUUGAGAUCAAGCUUGAAACCCGCGCAGAGUUUUAAAAAAUCUGACGCCCGUGAGCCUGGCUUUAGAAGCGAUGAACAAAAGUUGGUUAUACCAAAGUUGAGGAGACCAAAGGUUCAGGAUGAUAGUGCUCAAUUUGAUGGACAAGAAUCACUAAAGUCUGUCCCUCGCUCAAUUGAGGGAAAUGGCUCCGCUUCGGAAACCGCAUCUCAGCGGCAAAGGUUGAAUGUUGCCCCUCCUAAGCCAGAACGCAAAGUAUCUACUCCUGAGGCUCUUUCUAAAAGAGAGAGUCUUGCUAAAGCGCCUCCGAAACCAGCACGCAAAAUAUCCACACCGGAGGCUCUUUCGAAAAGAGAAAGCUUGAAUAAAGCACCUCCUAAGCCUCCCCGCAAAGUCUCUGCUCUUGAAGCGCUUUCAAAGAGGGAAAGCCUCAGCAAAGCACCACCUAAACCGGCUCGCAAGGUGUCAACGCCCGAAGCUGUGAAUAAAAGAGAGAGUCUCAGCAAACCCCCACCAAAACCAUCUCGCAAAGUUUCGAUGCCUGAGGCUAUGAAGCGUCUUGAAGCUAUCAAGGCUAAAAAAUUGAGCCAGUUCGAGGGCACUGAAGUCUCCGAGAAACCACCUCAAAAACUCGAGCCUACUGUAGAAUCCAAAGGUUCACCUUUGAAAGCGAAAACCGAAGCAAACAACCAAAAAGCCCCAGAAAGUGAAUUGGCAGCCCUUAUUGCCGCCAAGCAACUUGCGAAUAAGGGUAAAAGCCGAACAGCUCCAGAACUUUCAAAUAGAGCUCAUUUGCCACAAGCAAUUCCAUUCAUGGCGCAACUCGAUAAUGAUAAAAUAGCCAAAAUGUUGCGCCCGGCAUCGGAGACUGAUAUCUCGAGACCGCGGGCAUCAGAUGGGGACAAUCAACUUAAUCAUCCAACAAAGUCCAGAGCUCGUGGCCCUAAAAGAAAGCUCCCUAAAGGAGUUAAAACUUAA